UUCCACUGCGAAAUGGAAUUCAGGGUUUAGGGCGCACGCGGCGAGGGAGAAAGGAAGCGUGAGCAAGAGAAAGCAUCUCAAAAUGGCCAGCAUUCUCGCAAACAGAGCAGCUUCAGCGGAGAGAUCAGCUAGCUUCUUUAGGCUAUCACUCAGCUUCCUCCGAAGCGGCUGCUCUUCUUCUUAUUCUACUGCCGCCUCUGCAAACCCUACCUCUGCUGCGAAGAAGCCGAAGCGGAAGAAGAAGAAGAAGAACUUAUUCGAGGUGGCCCAGUUUCUACCCAAUUGGGGAAUCGGCUACCACAUGGCCAAGACGCAUUGGACCAACGUUUCUUAUCAGAUCACCAAGCUCAAUCUCUACAAGGAUGGUAGGCAUGGCAAGGCUUGGGGAAUGGCUUAUAAGGAUGGUUCGCCAGUUGCAGAUGCUCCAAAGAAAAUAAGCGGAGUUCACAAGCGAUGUUGGAGAUACAUUCCAAACUCAAAAAAGACAGAUGAGAUCUCCCCAAAACCAGAAGUUCAAGCAGCUUGAAUUCAUUUCUUUAGUCUUCAACCACCGACUAGCUUCUCACAUUGCAACCACUAGAGUUCUGUAGUUCUGGUUAAUGGGACAGAAUUCUUCACAAGAGUUCUUAGUUAUGGAUGCUUUCAAUGCUUAACAUAGUAUCUUGUAUUUCCUGUGUUUGGGGUAGUAGGCAUGAGCGUUGGGACAAUGGGGGUGUUAUUUCCAAAUGUCAGCCUUCUAUACGGUUUCUUUAUAGAUCCAUUUUGGCCAUGUUUCUUCUUUACCUUCA